AUGUUCGCUUUUACAAACUCAAAAAAUCUCGUACAUCACAGAUUUACAAAGAGUGAUGAUGCCAAACUUAAGGAACUUGUCCGAGAAUACGGCGAAAAUAACUGGAAAACCAUUGCCAGUAAAAUGGAAGGUCGAAAUAAGAGCCAAUGCCGUGAUAGAUGGUUCAGAUAUUUAUCUCCACAUGUUAACCAUGGCGAUUGGACAGAGGAAGAGGAAAAAUUAUUAAUGAAUUUAGUUCCAUUAUUAUAUCCAAGAUGGAGAAAGAUCUCAAACUAUUUUAACGGAAGAAAUGAUAUACAGAUCAAAAACAGAUACAAAAUGAUCAAAAACAGAAUUUCCCGAGAGAACCAGAAUAAUUCUGUUGAUACAAAAUCCGAUCAAUGCUCUCCUUCUGAAGUUCAGCCUAAUAUUCCCCAGCCAAUUUCAGUCCAAGAUGUUGAUGUUAACGAAUACAGAAAUGAACAUGAAUGA